AUGAACCAUGGCGGAUGGGAAGACCAUGAAGACUGGACGGAUAAGUUUCGUCGUGUGAUGGCGGAAAGAUUGGGUAUCGCCACGGGCGAACAGGACAUACGCUUCAAUCUGAUGGCCGUUGUGCCCGACAGACGGAUUGCAAUAACUCAUAAAUUGAAAAUGCUACGCACCAAUCAGGCGAUCGUCUCAGGUACACUGCAGAAACUACUGAAAGCUGACGAGCAAGGCGAAUCGGGAAACGGUGAUCAGCAGCGCCCGGACACACCCACCACACUUCUAGAACCAAGCGCCUUCACUGCAAAGGAUCUUCAAUUAUUGCUCAAGAACCUCGACACAGAAAUUGCCAUCAAUGAGCAGAAUUUGGCGGACGAGAACGAUCGCCGACACAUGUUCAAAGUGGAUGCCAGUCGUCGGACUCAUAAUUACGACAAAUUCAUAUGCACCUUCCUCACCAUGCUGGCCCAUCAGGGCGUUCUCGGCGAGCUGGUCAGCCAGCAUCUGUUGCCCUCGAAGAAGGUUAGUGGCCAAAGUGCUGCCAAUCGAAUAAGCAAACAAAACAGUGCCGCCUCGAGUGCAGGUGCCAACGCUGGAGCUGCUGCUGGAGUCACGCCCAAGAGUCAGCAGCAGCCGCAGACUGCCGCUUCGAAAAAUGGCAAAUCUCCAGGAAAAACUCCUGGCAGACGCCGAAAAGGACGCAACAAGUGCAGGAAACGGAAGUAG